AUGUCCGGGGGAAACAUCAAAGUUGUUGUGAGGGUGCGGCCCUUCAACAGCAGAGAGAAGGAACGAGGGGCCAAACUUAUCGUGCAGAUGAAAGGCACGCAGACGGUCCUUGUGCCUCCUCCGGGCUCCGAGAAGGCCGGGAAAGGAGGAGGCGCCAAGGACCAGGGGCCUAAGGUCUUCAACUUUGACAAAAGUUAUUGGAGUUUCUCGAAGAACGACUCGACGUACGCGGGCCAGAAUGAUCUCUACCAGGAUUUGGGAGAGCCAUUACUCGAUAACGCCUUCGGAGGAUACAACAACUGCAUCUUUGCGUAUGGACAGACGGGUUCCGGAAAAUCAUACUCGAUGAUGGGAUACGGCGAAGAACAUGGCGUUAUUCCCAAGAUUUGCCAGUACAUGUUCGAACGAAUAAAUGCGUUGCAAACUGAUCCACAUCUCAAGUGUACGGUUGAAGUCUCAUAUCUCGAAAUCUACAAUGAGCGAGUUCGCGAUCUCCUCAAUCCCUCUACUAAAGCCGGCCUAAAAGUCCGAGAACAUCCGUCAACGGGGCCUUAUGUAGAAGAUCUGGCAAAGUUGGUAGUAGGGACAUUCGCUGAGAUUGAAAACCUCAUGGACGAAGGCAACAAGGCCAGAACUGUUGCAGCCACCAACAUGAACGAGACCUCGUCGAGAUCGCACGCAAAAGUCUCCCGGAUCAGUCUGGUCGAUCUUGCGGGUUCCGAAAGAGCCACGUCCACCGGAGCAACCGGAGCACGAUUAAAGGAGGGCGCGGAAAUCAACAGAUCUCUUUCAACCCUUGGUCGUGUUAUUGCGGCACUGGCGGAUGUGUCAACGGGAAAGACCGCGAAGAAGAAGGCCACCCAGGUCCCCUACCGAGACUCCGUCUUAACCUGGCUGCUGAAGGAUUCCUUGGGUGGUAAUAGCAUGACUGCCAUGAUUGCUGCAAUCUCCCCCGCCGAUAUCAACUUCGAUGAGACUCUGUCAACCUUACGAUACGCCGACUCGGCUAAGCGUAUUAAGAACCAUGCUGUUGUCAAUGAGGAUCCGAAUGCUCGCAUGAUCCGUGAGCUCAAGGAAGAACUACAACACCUACGAUCCAAGCUCUCAACCGGUACUGGUGUUGACGAUGAAGUUUACGCCCCCGACACACCGCCGGAGAAGCAGAUGAUUCUUACGGACCUCAACCAAACCUGGGAGGAAAGGCUGGAAAAGACGCAGCAGGUCCACAAGGAACGUGAAUCUGCUCUCGAGGAACUUGGUAUCAGCAUCGAAAGGGGCUUUAUUGGUCUUUCAACGCCGAAGAAGAUGCCGCAUCUGGUUAACUUGAGCGACGACCCGUUGCUGGCAGAGUGUCUGGUUUACAACAUCAAGCCUGGAACAACUCAAGUUGGCAACCUUGAGACAUCGACGACGGCGCAGAUACGACUCAACGGUUCGAAGAUUCUACAGGACCAUUGUCGCUUUGAAAACGACAAUGGGAUAGUCACGCUGGUACCCAAUGAGGGCGCAGCAGUAAUGGUGAACGGUCUACGAAUCGAGAAACCACGACGCCUAAGGACGGGUUUCCGGAUUAUACUAGGAGACUUCCACAUAUUCCGUUUCAACCACCCCCAGGAAGCCCGUGCGGAGCGUGACCGUUUGCGACAGUCUGCGGCCGCAAACUCGGCCUCCCUGCCACAAUCUCCGGAGCACAAGCAUACGCCUAGGGAGGUCGAAGAAAGACUCCGGUUGAUCAAAGAAGAGAUGCAAGGCCAACUCGAACAACAAAAAGAAGAGUACCAAGAGAAGCUGAAGGCGGCUGGAGGCAUGGAAGUCAAAGAGAUUGAGAUUGAGAAGCAGAAGAUGCAAGAACAACUGGACUCUGCCCGUGCCGAGAUGCAGAAGGAAUUGGAAAGGCAACGGCAGGAGUUUGAGAACCGACUUGAAGAGAUAACGCUUUCACCCAAGAAAGCCGAUCCGGAGAAGAAGCUCACCGACCGGGAAACGAGUCUUGCUAAAUUCGUCAUCGAACACUGGAAACAAAGAAGAUACGUUCGCAUGGCAGAGUCGAUCCUACAACACGCCGCAACGCUGAAAGAAGCACAGAUCAUGAGCCAGGAGAUGGAAAAAAUGGUUGUUUUCCAAUUUACGAUCGUCGAUGAAGGCCACACGUUACAAUCUAGCUACGAUCUUGUUCUCAACGGGGUAUCGGGAGACGACGAUGAAUUCCUGGAGAUGACCAAAAAGCCAUGUGUUGGCGUACGAGUCAUGGACUUUCACGCAGGUGUGGUUCAUCUCUGGUCGCUAGAGAAACUUCAGAAUCGUGUCCGUCAAAUGCGACAGAUCUAUCAGUAUUUGGACCGGCCCGAGUAUCUGCAGCAUUUCCGACUGGGCGAUCCGUUCACCGAGCCAAUCCUGCCGCAAUACUCUCUGGUGGGAGACGUGGACGUUCCUCUGGCUGCCAUAUUUGAAUCGCGUUCGCAGGAUUUUGCGCUCGAUAUCACGUCGCCACAUACACAGAGCGUGGUGGGCAUCGUGAAACUGACCAUCGAGCCAUCUGAAGUCGAGACUCGGUCGACAUUGAAAUUCAACGUCAUCAUGCGGGACAUGAUUGGCUUCGCUGAGCGUGAGGGAACGCAGGUUCAUGCUCAGAUGUUUAUUCCUGGAGUCUCUGAUGAAAGCGGCGCAACGACCACAACGAUGGUUUCCGAUUUCGAUGAAGGGCCAAUACGAUUCGACAGUGUCCACACCAUGGGCAUGCCCCUAGGAGGCCCCCUUCGGAAUGCAUCGUUGCGCGUUGCCAUUUUUGCCAAGAUCACCGCGAUGCACCUCGAGAAGCUGAUCAGCUGGGAUGACAUGCGCGACCACAGCAAUCCAGUGGCCCCUCGGAAAAAGAGUGCGAGACUGAAUGAGACUGAAUUUUACACCGAAGAGCGGCACGACGUAUUUGCGCGUGUGCAGCUGUUGGAACUCUCGGAAUCGGGCGAGUACCUUCCCGUGGAGGUAGUACAGCACACCGAGAUCGACUCAGGGGCGUUCCAAUUGCAUCAAGGACUGCAAAGACGGCUUCAAUUGAGCCUAACGCACAGCUCCGGCGAGGCCCUUCAGUGGCGAGAUGUGGCGGACAUCCGUAUUGGCUCGGUUCGCUUACUGGACCCGCGGGGCAAGAUGCCCGACCUCUCGUCGCCAACCAAGGAAGUUCGGCUAAGCACGAUUCUGGGACCAGUCGUAAAGACGAACGCGGAUGGCACAAGUACUGUAACCAUCGUCGCCCAGUGGGACUCCAGUCUUCACAAUUCGAUACUUCUAGACCGCACAACGGCCGACAAAUACCGAGUGCAGAUGUGCCUGCGGUGGAACGUGGUUUCUGAGCGGUUAUCCGAACCGAUCCUGUUUUCCUUGGAUAUCGCGGCGCAAAUCCAACCCAGACUGCUGCGCAGCCCAAAUAUGUUCAUGCAGCUAUGGAAUAACAACAGGAUAGUCCAUGCUAGCGUGGGGCUAUAUCAGCUCGUGAUCAGGCCCGCAGCAGCCCGGCGGGCAGGUGACCUAUGGCGGAUGAAUACGCUGCACAGGUAUGUCAAGGGCGAGGAAUACCUUGCAGGGUGGACCCCGCGGAGUGUAAGCUUGGUGCGGGAUUUCAUAUCGGCGAAAAAGAGGAGGACGAGAGUGGCCGAAGUAGAGAAUGCCAAAGGUUUUCUCAGAAGCCUCCCAGUCACAAGGAAUGUCACGCCAACUGCACGGGAACCCACGCCAGAACAGCAUCCUAUCCGAGUCGUGGGCAGAGUAUUGGGUAAUAAGGAGAACGGCAAGAUACUGGGCGAGCGGAAGGAUGAGCCAAUAGCACCACCUAGUCCUCCUGCGGAGCUCCUGCUCAGUACUAAUGAGGCCGGCGAAUACGUGGAGGCACCACCAGGCAUCCCUCCACAUGACGCCGCUUACCAGCCCGAGACACCGGCGUCGGUGCCAGAGGUGCCGUUAGAGGAGCGGGAGCCGCCUACGGUACAAUCCGAGGAUCAACCAACUGAUCUGCCGGACGAUCAGCCCGAAGAUCAACAGACUGGGUCUGGGGCUCAACCCGAUGAUCCACAAAUGGAAGUCUUGCGAAAAUUUGUAGGCCUCUGGUCGUCUUGGAAAGAUCCUAGCGAGUCAAUCCUAGUGAAAGAGAACACGGAACCCCCACACAAUGGAGCGUGUUUUGCGUCCACUGAAUCGCAGCCUCCAAGACUGAUUGCCGAAGUCCGACAAGUACCCAAGAGCACUUCAUUGCUCAAGUAUGGGUACCUUAUGACCCCCGACGAAACAAACAAAGUCUGGACAAAGCGAUACUUCGAGUUGCGGCGGCCCUACAUGCACGUUCAUUCGUUUCCCGACGGCGAAGAGAUCAUGGCGAUCAACCUGAGCCAUUGCCGUAUAGACCACCAGCCACAGGUUGCCAGGUUGAUGAGACGACCGCACAUCUUUGCGAUAUACGCGCCACUCAAUACGUAUCUCUUCGCCGCUCGGAGUGAGCGCGAGAUGAUAGAGUGGAUAAUGAAGGUCGAUCAAUUUCAUUUCUUUUCAUCGAGUAGAAGUAAUACGCCGGAGGAGUUUGCAUGA